UCGUCGCGCGUCCUCCGUGCCUUCCCCGCGUUCAACUCCUACCUCCAUGGGCCUUCUUCUUCGCUCCUUUUCGCUCGUUCGCCACGUGAUUUAGCGGGUUACGUCUAACCGUUCUCGACCUUCCGUCUGUCGGAUCUACGUUCUUGAUAACCUGGACACCACUGAGAGAGAGAGUUCACCGAUCCGACCAGUCCGUUCGGCUCGUGCCUGUUCGGUAGCCAACCAACGUUCAGCCGAACUUCCAACGGAUUCAUUGCGUCCGAUCUUGUGGCGCAAGUUUUUCUUACCUGACGGUUUGUUAGUGACUCGACAAUGCUCCGUGAGUGAUCCGCUAGCGAGCUGCGAGCUUCUUACGUAGCAGUUGGUGUCGGCUUGAUGGAGACUGUCAUUCGAACGAGUUUCUUCUCACCCUAGUGUAUACCGAUUUUGUCGCUCGCUAAUCGUCACACCGCUAUCUAGAUCGUGUAAUACAUUUUCAUCCGUCUCCUCCGAAGUGUUUCAAUUUUAACUGAUAACCGAACGAACGGAAUACAUACGCACAGGUUUCAUGUGGAUAAAUGGUGUAUUCUGAAGUGUUUCAAUUUGUGUUGAUAAGUGAAUUAACCGAACCACCCGUGAACGUGUUAUUAAAAAGGAAAUUUGACGUGUUAGCCUUGCGUGUUUCUUAGUCAAUCAAUCACGCGUCACUUUAUUCAUAUUAGCACGAAAGUAUGUUGAACUUUAAUUUGCAUAAGUAAUGGAAGCACGUUGGGAUAUCUUUUAUCCUUUACUGUUAACGUACGAUAGUUUUCAACAAUUUCUUUGAUGUUUGCUAAUUGAUCGAUGAGUGUAUUUUUGGGGAUGGAAAAUUCAACUAGCAUCGAUCAAACGGUAUCAGAAGCACUGCUAAUGAAAAUGUCUGAAAUUAUACCGCUCGUUAAACGCAUCGAUCUUUUGAUGCGGCAGAAAUCCGAUAAUUAGAAAUUAACGUCAUCUUCUGGUUGAUGCACGCCUGUUCGUACAGGUGACAUUCCAUUUGCACGUGUACCGAUGAUUUAACGACGGUUGACCUAGAAAUGUGAUAGCCCUGAACGUAAUGAUGAACACUCGACCUUGAGAAUUUAACAGUUUCACCUCUUCGAAAGUGUUCUCUUCGUAUCUCGUUUCACUUCAAGGUGUAAUUUCUAGAAAUUUCAAUAUAUUCCCAAAAAAUGUCGUUCAGUGGUAUUUUAUAUUUAAAUAUAAAAUAGUUAUUUAAACUGAAACUUUCAGAAAAUUAGACGAGUUAAAAUUAAUGUUCAUAUUUUUUUAUUUCGAAUAAUAUUUUAUACAAGGCUGAUAUUUUCUUGUUACUACUUCAGUUAUGGAAACGAAACCAGUUUAAGUUGCUAGAUACAGCGGGAUGGAAGUAAACAAUUCUUUUCUUCUAUACACCUCGGCAUACCUAAUGCUGUUGUCGAAACGGAUUUGUGAUUGUGUACUUAACUUCAGUCAGUAUGUUGUAUACUGCCGCGGAGUAAAGACGUAUCGCGUGCCACUCGUUAUACAUAUUUACAUUCUAUUUCUUAACAAGUUAAAUUAUCCGCAGAAUUAUUAAUUAUCGAUUAUAGUCAUAGUGACAGUAAUUAACAACCAAUAUUUCUUCUUAAUUUAACAUCAUUUGUUAUUAAUUUUGAAAUAAUAAUAAACAGUGUAGUAAGGUGAAUAUUAUAGGUUAUGUCCUAUAACAAUUUGUCGUGACAGUCAUUUUUACAGAAAAUUAAUAUUGAUAAAGCGUGAUUGAUUGAUAAAUUACUUUUAAUAAUAUCAGUUUCGCGUAUUUAUUAGAAAUUGUGGUAAUUUUGAGUGCUCUCGUACGUUUUGUUUAAAUCUAACAUCGGAGGGGCGAAUGAAGCGUCUGUUAAAAGUAUCCUGCACAAGAAGGAUAUUCAGUGAAACAGUAAUUUGAAAUAUUGUUAGAAAUAGUGUAAAAAGCUAAAAGUUCGAUAAAGUGAUAUAAUGACGUGCUACGUGUAAGGAAAAAGCCGUCAAGCGUGCAUUCUCUUUGCGAUUAACGUGGCCAACGUUUUUGUGAAACAUACCGGAAACAGUGACGACCAGAUGGGAAGUGAUGUCUACCUAUUAUGGCAGAACCGUUCUCGAAGAGAUUCGUCACAGCUGAGUACAUGGGUUCGUUUCCUGUGGCAAUUCCCGACAUUGCCAGUCGAGCUGAGUACGUACGCUCCCAGUUGGAGACCCUCAGAUACAGUGAUCGGUCUACGCCCGUUCUCCUGAUAGUGUCGCUCGCGGGUAUCAAAGUAUGCAGCCCAGAUGGAAAAUGCGUGCAAAUGGCGCACGCGUUGAGGCGCAUCUCGUACGCAACCUGUGAACCUCAACACGCUCAAUUCAGCUUCCUCGCUCGAGAGCCUAGAGCCCACUUCAGCAUACAAUAUUGCCAUUCUUUCAUCACCGAAUCUGCAGAACAGGCGGAGGAGCUAAACACCAUCGUUGGCAAUGCUUUUCGUAUGGCAUACGUGGCGCAACUUCAGCGUCAACCGAUUCUUCAAGAUGUGAUCUCACCUCAAUCGUCGCCACCCUACCGCAAGGACAAACAAGAGAAUCGAUCUUCGUGGAACAAAUCGUUGGCUGGCGACAGUUCGAUUGCCGGCGCGGAAAGCAUUUGCAGGAAUUCAUCUUCGAAUUCGUGGUUAAAAAGUCGGACGUCGCCCACGUCCAGAAGUGGAAGCGGCUCGUCUGCGGCGGACAUGAACGUGCAGCUCGGCAGUGCCGGCUCGCCCACGCUGCGACUCGCCAGCGUGAAGGCACCGACUUCGAUCCCCGGUCUACGGCCGACGCACAAUUUUACGAACGUGCUCGGUCCAAUAACGAACGAGGACGAGCCGAAGAGUAUCUCUCAGCAAAGCACGCCAAGCAGCGAUGAGAGCAACUCGCCAACGGAACUAAACUCGUACAAGAGACUAACGGACAAGCCGCCUCUGAUAAAGCGGCUGGCGAUGGGUUUGACAGGUGGACGUGAUGUUCUUGGACUGAACGGUGAGGAUGACAGCUGCCCCCUCGUCAGUGGUAGCAGCACACCGACGAGCCCAUCGAACAGGCCGCAUUCUGGGGGCUAUAUAAACGAGGCGAUCAUUGACUCGGAGGGUACGAGGUCAGCCUACAAUAAGAUACCCCCGUCCGAGAGCCUGGAUAACACCAUCAACGCUUCAAUUACCGCGAAAAACUUAAAUAUUGAAAAUAACAGGAUAGGGCAUAAUUCUCCUAGCUCGGGGACGGAAACAGAAUUUAAAUCAAAGAGAAGAUCUCAGAUUAGUACUUCGAGCAGUUCGGUACCAGCUGACGGAAGUACUCACGGAUCGACACCAACCCCUCCGCCCCUUCCCGAGAGAACGGAUAGCCUAAAUAAUCGCAGCGAAGAAGCGGAAUUGCGCAAAGCUCCCUGGUUUCAAGCUGGAAUACCAAGGGAAAUAACGUUGGAGGUGUUGAGCCAAGAACCGGAAGGAGCGUUCAUGGUGCGGGAGAGUACCAGUAAACCCGGAUGUUAUGCCCUUUCGCUUCGAGUGCCGCGCGAAUUUCAACCAAGCGGAAUAGCCCAUUAUCUUAUAAUGCGUACGAACAAAGGCUACAAAAUUAAGGGCUUCACGAAGGAAUUCACAACCCUAACCGCUUUAAUUACCCACCACUCGGUGAUGCCGGAAUUACUGCCGUGUCCAUUGUCAUUAAGCCGAUACAAUCCUAGCUUUGUGAAAAGCGACUCCAACAAAGACUUCGCAGACAUCGAUUCGGAUCCCGAUUACAAUACCUUAGCCGACUUCCGUAAAAUGAUGGCUGACCUGAAUGUCUAGAAUGAAGUUCGCAAUCAAAUCGGGGGGAAAAAAAAACGAUCAAUACAUUCACCGAUGCUCUUUGAAAACGAGCAACUAAAACAAAUUCGUUUCAAGGAACGACGAGUAAUUGAAAUACGUACUUUGAUCGUGCACCAAAUCGACGUAAUACGAUUUUAUAGAAGAGAACCUUCAUCACCUUGAAUUACCAUGACAUUUCACGCGAAUCGUGCUCGUCGGUUAACUAAGGAAUUUUCUUUGCUAAUUGAUGCCGAGUGAAAAAUACCGUACGUUCAGGCGGUGAUACGUAUUCGUAAGUCAUUGAUAGGUGUAAGGAACGUAGCAUAAGUAACUUAAUGAAUCGCCACUAUUAACGGAAAGAAGAGCGAAUCAAAAAGUCGGAGGACGCGCAGCAGGGAAGCCUAUUCCAUAUUAGUAUAUCAAUUCACAGAGUUUGCGUUGAACAGCCGGUAACUUAGUACGAAUUUAGCUGAAUCGAAUUGAUAAUCAUUUGCAAACUCUCAAUCCGUUGCAUCGACACAUUUUAACGCCAGCUCUGUGAUCGAUACAAUUGUUCGCAGCAUUUUUCACGAACCAUAGUAGCGUUUCGAUCGAAUGAAAGUUAUUACAAGAACGAAAUAUUAUAUAUUUUUCAACGAUAUCACAAAUGUCUCUUGACUGAUUUUCGUUCGGAACAAACAUACAUUCAAUUUGACGUUUUUCAUUUAAAGGUGAAAGUUUGCGAACGUUACUUAGAAGUUAUGCUGUAUCUCGAAAUUAAACCGUGAAACAUUGCUAGAAAAAUUUAGUCUACUAGUUUAUAAUUUUCAGUAACUUAAAUACAAUACUUUCCAUUGUAAUCAAUUAAUUUCUUGGCGACUUUUUCAAAAUUCCACCGUUCUCGAUUCACGCCCGCUAAAUAGUGCUUUACAAAAUUAAUGUAAAUGUGUUUAUAUGUAUAUAAAUUAUAAUUAUUGUUAUACAAUACUACUUAUAUUUAAUUACACGAGAUCGACGGCAGCGUUAGGGAGAACUGCAGCCACGAAACUCUAACCGGACACGGAGGCGGAGGUGGAUUCCAUGGAACUUAUUAUAAUGAUAAGACGAAGAAAUGUAACCUUGCAGUGGUAAUUUAAUUACACGACUAAACUAGUCUUGUACAGAGUUUAUGUGAGCAUAGUAAAUAUUAAAAAAGAAAAGAAACGAAUCGAAUAAAAAACUAAAAUGUAUGAUCGUGUGUGUGUAUUAACAGAUGUUGAUGAACAAAAUCGGAAAACUUUGUGCCGUUUUUAUAUACCCAAGAAUAUAAAAGGUUUAAACAAAUGCUUUUUGAACGAUAUGGACACAUUGAAUCAGAUUUAACGAACGGCAUAAUACCGUCGAUUUAUCCUACAAAGCAUAGAUGAGACAGCUGGUGAUCAAUAAAUAAUAAAAUAGUAAUAUUUUAAUAAGAAGUUUACGCACGUUCGAAUAUCUGGUAUUAAAUUCAACAGACAACACUCUAUAUCAUAUUAAGAUUUAUAUAUUUAAAAGAAAAAGAAUCAGAUAAACGUGUUUUGCAUUGAUUUAUUUAAACCGAAAUCAACCGGAAGUGUAAUAUUUACCAUGUAAGCUUCAGAAGUGUAGAUGAAACGAAGAUGCGAUAACUUAAAUCGCUCAUUAACAGGGAAUAAAAUUUGCUAUAAUUUCAAUAAUUUACGAACAUUCAAUGUACUUCGACAUCAGAAGCGAGGUACAGGAUUAAUUUUUAUAUCAUCAAAUUGAUUGACGUCUGAUAAGGUAAUUACGCAAAGAAACUAAGUGGAAAUUAAUAAAUCAUUGUAAGCUACUCUAAGCGAGACAUUAAUCACUGCUUGAAAUUUGUAACGUUUUACGAAUCAUUAUAGCAAUGCGUUGUAUAAUUUCAAUAAAAUUAUUUAUUACAAUAAACAGUGAACGAAAUAGUGUAAUUUAAUCUGUCAUACACAUUGGCAUGUAUAAAAUAUUAUCCACCUUUGAAAAUGUUAUAUGACAUUAAAUCAUCAUCAAUAAAUUUAAAUAAAAUUUUCCCAUC